AUGCCCGAGAAGGAGUUAGAUUACAUCAGGUCUAGAGACGCUGCAGAUGGCUCCUCCGAUGAGAAAGGUGGAGUCUACAUUGAUGCCUUUGAAAAGGGCGAAAAUAAACCUGAAUUAACGGGUUUUGCUAAAUUUGUCGACUCAUUCAAAAGGUUUGAUGAUGAGGAUUUGGGAAUUGACCCUAAUCUCUCCGAAGUUGAAAAGAUUGCCGUUAGAACUGCGAAUUCUCCAUUAAGUAGAUCUUUGAAGAACAGACACUUGCAGAUGAUUGCUAUCGGUGGUUCGAUUGGUACAGGUUUAUUCGUUGGUUCCGGUUCUGCUUUGGCUGAGGCUGGUCCAGCAGGUUUGAUCUUGGAUUAUGGUUUGGUUUCUUUUAUGAUUUGGUCUACAUGUCAAUCUCUUGGUGAAUUGGCUGUUACAUUUCCAGUUUCUGGUGCAUUUGUGACCUAUAACUCUAGAUUUAUUGACCCAUCUUGGGGUUUCGCAAUGGCUUGGAAUUACGCUAUUCAGUGGUUAGUCGUCUUACCUUUAGAAUUGGUGGCUGCUGCUAUGACUAUUGAUUACUGGGAUGAAAAAACUAAUUCUGCUGCAUGGGUGGUUAUAUUCUAUGUUGUUAUUGCUUCAAUUAAUUUAUUUGGUGUAAGAGGUUAUGGUGAGGCUGAGUUCGCUUUUGCAAUAAUUAAAGUGACAGCUAUCAUUGGCUUCAUUAUAUUAGGUAUCGUUUUAGCUGCUGGUGGUGGACCGACGAAAGAGUAUAUUGGUGGCCAUUACUGGCAUGAUCCUGGUCCUUUUUCUAACGGCUUCAAGGGUGUGUGUACUGUUUUUGUUAAUGCUGCUUUUGCAUUCGCUGGUACCGAAUUAGUCGGUUUGGCCGCUGCAGAAUCAGCUAAUCCAAGAAAGUCUUUACCAAAGGCAACUAAACAAGUUGUUUGGAGAAUAGUCUUGUUUUACAUCAUCUCAUUGACUCUUGUUGGUUGUUUAGUACCAUACAAUGAUGGCCGUUUACUCCUGGGAUCCUCAUCUGCUGAUGCAAAAGCUUCGCCUUUCGUCAUAGCAAUAAAGAGAGCAAAAAUAAGUGGAUUACCAAGUGUAAUGAAUGCAGUUAUUAUGGUUGCAGUUUUGUCAGUCGGAAAUUCUUCCGUCUACGGUUCUUCAAGAACUUUAGCUGCUUUAGCUGCUUCUGGUCAAGCUCCUAAAUUUUUAGGAUAUAUCGAUAAGCAGGGACGUCCAUUAAUGGGUAUUAUAGUCCAAUUAGUUAUCGGUUUAUUAUGUUUCUUAGCUGCGUCACCAAAGAGGGAUGACGUUUUCACUUGGCUUAUGGCUCUUUCAGGUCUUUCUUCACUUUUCACGUGGGGAUCUAUUAACUUUUGUCUUAUUCGUUUCAGACGUGCAUUACACGUCCAAGGAAGAAACACCGAUGAACUUGCAUUCACCUCGCAAGGUGGAAUCUAUGCUGCAGUAUUUGGUACAGGUUUUAACAUUCUUGUUUUGAUUGCUCAAUUUUACACUGCUUUAUUCCCAAUUGGUGCAGAACCCAGUGCAGAGGGUUUCUUCGAGGCAUACUUAUCAUUCCCUAUUAUCUUGGCAUUCUAUAUUGGCCAUAAAAUCUGGAAGAAAAAUUGGGUGUUGUACAUCAGAGCUAAAGAUAUUGAUAUUGACACUGGUAGAAGGGAGUUAGACUUGGAUUUGGCCAAGCAAGAAAUUGCAGAAGAGAAGGCCUUCCUUGCUUCAAAGCCAUUCUACUACAGAUACUGGCACACAUGGUGUUAA